UAUGGAUAUAUACAUGUAUAAUACAUGUUCACCAGGGAAUUGUACGGGCAGACACAUCGUACCGUAGAAAGUCAAAUAUCGUAGUUUGUCCUGGCUCUGUGGUUUGACCUGGUGACGGGACUCUGGACAUCUGGUUUUGCGUUGUUACGCUCUGCAGGUUCCAGUUUGAAUAGGCUCUAUAGUAUAACUGAGACCCACCACGGCCAGAAAAGAUUGUUCUGCGGCUGCAUGCAGUAACGUCGAAGCAUCAUGGCGCAGGCAAUUGCCAAGCCCCAUGCGCUGGCGAGGCACGCGUUGACCAUCCGCCGGUCAGUUCUUGGCCUCAGGCAGAGCGUGGCACCGGUGGUGGUAGGGGCGAGUGCAGGGCAACCCCACAGCAGAAAGGCCUGGAAUGCGGCAAUCAUUCCAUCGGUAUUAGGAUCGUUGGGUCCCCGGAUGUCGCAUUCAUCGCAGGCCGCACCGGGGAGUCGGGAAAGCCCGAGAUUUGAGAGCUUCGCCAGGGACGAUACGGUGGGGUGUUACCGUGUGGGGUUAAGCUCCGGCCCGGAGGGCGUCUACCCUUAUGUUUGGCUGAGGGACAACUGCCGAUGUCCUGAUUGCUAUCACCCUUCGUCCGGGCAGAGAACCUGUGACCCGGCUGAGAUGAAUCCCGACAUCAAGCCAGCCAGCGAGGCCAUCCUCGACGACGGUAAGGUCUUGCAGAUCACCUGGCCUGACCAGCACCGCAGCGACUUCGGUGUGGCCUGGCUGAACCGCCAGCGGUUCUCCAACAACGAGAGAGACACGGUGGGCAGUCCGGAGCUGGAGAUGUGGGGAGGCGAGCUGAACGGCAAGAUCCCGGCCUUCGACUUCGAGAAACUUUUCCAAGACGACCUGGAGCUGUACAACUGGCUGGAAGUCCUGAACACCAAGGGCUUGGCCUUGGUGAAAAGGGCACCGACUGCGCAAGGAAUCCUCCAGGAAUUGUCCGAGAAAGUUGCUCAUGUGAAAACAACUAAUUACGGGGAGACUUUCCAAGUCUUCAGUAAGCACAAUGCCAGCAGUGUUGCAUACACAUCGAAGUCACUGUGCCUCCACACCGAUCUUCCGUUUUAUAACUACGCACCUGGCAUUCAAAUGCUGCACUGUAUCGAGCAGACUAGCGACACCAAUGGUGGAGCGAACCAGUUUGUGGACGGCCUGCAAGUAGCGGAGCAAGUGCGGCAGGAGUUCCCGGACUUGUACAAAAUUCUCCGGACUCAAGAGGUCGACUUCCGAAACAUCGGCAGCGACUACUACGACUACCACAUGAAGCAGAGGAGGCCCGUCAUCGAGCAUAAUAAGUACGGCGAGUUCACAAGUGUAAACUUCAACAAUCAAGUGAGGGCGCCCUAUCUGUCGCUUCCGGCGGAGAAGGUCAGGGACGUGUACAGAGCCUUGAAGGUCUUCUAUGACGUCAUGUAUCGCCCUGAAAACUUGGUGGAGUAUCGGCUUGUCGCAGGAGAGAUAGCCACGUUCAACAACGGCCGUGUCCUACAUGGGCGUAACUCCUACACUGUUACCAAGGAGGGCAACCGGCAUCUGGAGGGCGCUUACAUGGACUGGGAUGAGGCUCAUUCGCGCAUGCGCAUUCUCCGGGAGAAUCUUUUUGGUGAUGAGCGCUUGUAAUAGAGGGAUCCCAAUACGACGCUUUUAGCGUAGAUCUGCCCACUUUCGCGUUUGAAAACGAGGCUGUAUG